GUGCACUUAAUGAUAACAAAGAGGUUUUUUUGAUAAGAAUUAGCGAAAUAAGCAAACAAGUUAUCAGUAUGGAGUGAAUUUAUUUAUAAAUAAACCAAAAAUGCACUUGGGCGUUAUAGGAUGUGGAGUAGUCGGCUUAACUACCGCUUUGGAGUUACAGGAAACAUUUCCAAAUGCCAAAAUAACUAUAUUAGCCGAUCGUUUUAAUGAAAAUACUACCAGCUAUGUGGCUGCCGGUAUUUUUCGUCCGGGCACCAGCUUUAUGGGUCCAAGUGAAGAAAUCACAAAACAGUGGAUAGCCGACGCAUUUCAUUAUUGGGAUGGCAUAAGACGUUCAGCAGAAGCAGCUUUGGCUGGUGUAUGUCAAUUGUCGGGAUAUAUAUUCUCUAGCACCUCUCCAACAAUAGUGAGGAAUCAUUUUAUAGAGCACCUAUUACCAGUUUAUCGUCGUGCCACAGAAGAUGAAUUGAAAUUGUGCCAAGGCGACUGGAAAUAUGGGUCGUUUUUUACUACUUGUGUAACAGAAAGUCGUUUGUUUCUACCAUAUGCAGCCAAAAAAUUUACUAAUGCUGGCGGCGUUAUUACUUAUCAUCAUUUGAAUGCUUUAACUCAGUUAUCGGAUUCUUAUGAUGCUGUGUUCAAUUGUUCAGGCUUUGGUGCUAAAGAGUUGUGUAUAGACCAUCACUUAGUACCGAUAAGGGGACAAGUUAUCAAGGUGCGUGCUCCUUGGAUUAAAAUGGCUUUUUACGGUGACUAUGAUACUUAUAUUAUUCCCGGUUUUGAAGCUGUUACGUUAGGUGGAUGCCGUCAAUUUGACAGUUACAAUACUGAAAUUUGUCCUUACGAUUCUAUGGCUAUAAAAAAGCGGUGCUACAACAUGCUUCCGAGCUUAAAAAAAGCUAAAGUAAUACGUGAAAUGGUAGGUUUGCGUCCACACCGUGCGAUAGUGCGAGUAGAAGCCGAAUUUUUGACUAAAGAAAAUGGUAAAAAGCUUAAAAUUGUACAUAAUUAUGGCCAUGGAGGUUACGGCGUGACGACUGCUCCCGGCACCGCCAAGUACGCAGUCAAAUUAAUGAGGGAUCUUUUCACCUGCAACAGUAAACUAUAAUAUCAUUUUGAAAUAUUUAAAUAUAAUAUUACAUUUUUUCACAAGUGCGUCUAAAAAGCGCAGCUAUUUAAAUAAAUUGUGCCUCAAAAAGGUUAAUUAACAAUAUUUGAAAUAGAACGUUAUACGCUUUCGUAGCAGUUCAUAAAUAAUUGCAAAAAUGAAUAUUUUUUGCCUAUUUCCCGAUAUAAUUUGAGAAUUUACAAAUGGAAGAAAACAUAGAGAAGAAAAGAAGCCUUAAUUUUGAAACUCAUACUUGGACUAAUGGAUCUAAUUAACGGCAUAAAUAACGCCAUACAUUAAAAAUCUCGUCAAUAUAUAUUUUGAAUAUAUUUGUCCAUCAUUUAUAAAUCCC